AUGGAGAACUUAAACCUUUCAUCCUGGUUUGAUACCCAGAACAAUGUUCUGUCAGAAAUGAAUAAAGAUUCAUAUCCUAACAAUGAUAACAAGAACUAUGAAUUCGAUUUUUAUGAGCCUUUAAAUGAGACAAAUCCUACUGCUGGGUUAGGGGAUUUCUUCUUAGAUAAUGUUCAAUACCCUGAGAGGAACAAUGUGUACAAUAAUAAUAAUAAUAAUAAUAACAAUAAUAGUAGUAAUACGAACAAUGGUAUCGAUACAUUAAAUUGGGACACUUUACUUUCAGAUUCUAAUGCUUUAUCAAACGAUCUAUUAUGGAACGAGAAUAAUAUGAUUGAUUUAGACAAACAACAAUUUAAUAAUGGUAAAAUGUCUUAUAGACAAUCUAAUUUGGAAGAAGCACUACGUAAACAAGAGGAAAAAAAUCAUAAAUUAGAAGAACAAUUAGCAAAGACUCAAAUGGAAAACCAAAGGUUGACCUCUAAACAAUCUAAAACUAAGAUGAAAGGAUCUCAAACUGUCAGAGCAAUGCUAGGAGAUAUUACAUCAUCGUCAAGAUUAAACAGUACACCAUCAAGAAAAUUGAAAACUUCAAUUAAACAAAGAGGUGGUAAUAACAUGAUAAAUAAUGAAAAUUUCAAUAUACUUGGUAAAAAUUUAAAACCAACAUUCCAACAACCAGUUUUUUUAGAAAAUACUUCUUCUUCAGCCGCAUCAAUGAAUGGUUCACCUAAAAGAAGACAAAAUAGAUCUAAAAGUUCCAUUUCUCGUGAUAGAGAACACAUAAUGAGAGUAAAUUUUCAAAAAGCUCCAUCACCACAGAAUCUUAUUUCUAAUAAUGAAUUGAAAUUUGAAAGUCCAUCAAGACCUAUUGCUAACCCAGAAUCACCUUACAGAGCUGAUUUCCUUUCAAAUAAAGGUUUACAAUCACCAGUAAUUGGUUUAGGAAUCAGAUCGAAUGAUUCAAGAAGAGGUUCAAUGGUUACUUCAGAUAACUUUAAAUUUAGAGAUUCUUCCAAUGAAAUUAGGAAAUCUCCAUCGACCUCACCAAUUAGACCUAUUGCCAAGUUUUCGUUUGGCGAAACACCAAGUAGGAGAAGAAAAAGUGUUGCUGAUGUAUUAUUAUUCAAUGAUAAUGAUAUGUCUGCUACUCCAAACUUGGGUCCACCUCAAUUAAAUUCUUCACCAAUGAUGUCUAUCACUGCAUCACCAGUGAUUGAAUCGUCUAAUAAUCAAUUUAUAAUAUCACAGAGACCAUCACCUGAAUUGAACUCCAAUGAAAGUAAUUUUGAACUUCAAUCACCAGGGUUUGAAGUUCCUUCGAGUAAUAAUACUGACAUCAGUUCUUCAAUAAUGUCAAGUCCACAAAAAAUUACAAGAAAAUUAACUACUUUACCUCGUGGGUCCAUUGAUAUUUAUGUCAAGGAAUUACCUGACAAGAGAUUCGAAUGUAUGUAUCCUGAUUGUAAUAAGACUUUCAAGAGACGUUAUAAUAUCAGAUCACAUAUUCAAACCCAUUUAGAAGAUAGACCUUAUGUAUGUGAUUUUGAAGGUUGUGACAAAGCAUUUGUUAGAAACCAUGACCUUGUAAGACAUAAGAAAUCUCAUAUGGAAAAAAGAUACGCUUGUCCCUGUGGUAAAAAAUUUAAUAGAGAGGAUGCUUUAAUAGUUCAUCGUAGUCGUUUAAUUUGUAUUGGUGGUAAAAAAUUUGAAAAUGUUGUCAUCAAAAGGUCGCCAAGGAAAAGAGGUAGACCAAGAAAGGAUGCCCCACCGAUCGAAAGUAUGAGUCCCACAAAAAAACCAGAUUGUGAGAAAUCUAUUAAUAAGAAUACUACUAUACCAAAUGAACUUUCAAACCAGCCAACUUUGUCACCUAUAGGAACAUUCGAUAUCGGGGAUGUAGUAGCAAAUGAUAAUUUUCUUAAUGAACUUGAAAAUGAAUUACGGUUAACAUUAGAAAAUGAAGGACAGUUAUCGUAG